GAGUGAAAAAAAGUACUACAAUUUUAAAAAUUGCAGAAAUUCAAAUUUUGCGACGGAAGUCGGAACAAUUUGAAAGUUGAAACGAUAAGUAAUCUUUUCAUAAAAAAAUAAUAACAAUUCUUUAUUCUAUAUUUUGAAUACAUAAUGAGUGGGAAAAGGUCGAUUCAAGAUGUUAAUGAUAUUAUUACUCUAAGUAAAAGACGUAAAAGUUUUGAAGAGGAGAAAAAUUCUUACUUGAUAACUAUUUUAGAAGAAUGCGGAUUAAGCUUAAAACCCCCACCUGAUAAAAAUAUUGCUACAACUGAUACAGUGCAUAUUAUUCGCAAUAUUAGAAAGAGUCUUCAAAAACACAGUGACUAUCCACGGAAUGCUUUAGAAAUGAUUAGUAAUCUUCAGAAGGAAUGCAAUAACUUGAACCUUUUCAAACAUUACCUGUAUCCAAAUAUUGUUAGAAUAUCGUCUGAGAAUAAUUGUGAAAUUAUUUAUCUGAAUGAUAGUGUUAUAAAAAUUCUAUUAAAUGUACCCAUACUGCAGUCAAAACUAAUUGAUUUUGUCUUUGAAAAAGCAAUUGAUUUGGCAGCUGAUUCAAAAUGUGGACCAUGGAUCCAAACAAUUAUGAAGUGCUUUUCUUCAUUAGAUAAUCUAGUUGACCAUGAAAAAAUGUCCACAAAUCUAAUCAAUUUACUUGAUAUUGCUUCAGAGAGAUUAGUGCGGCUUGAAAUAAUAACCGCAAUACCAGACAUUGUUGGGGACCAGGAACAUGAUAAUGUUGCUACAGAAAUGAGUAGAAUUUUAUCUGAAGAUCACGAUCUUAUACCUGCUAUACUAGAUUGCUUGACAUACUUGUGCCUAUCAGACCAACAAUAUGAAGAGUUACAAAAGAAAACAUUAAAUAUUCUUAUGAGUUUAUCAAAAUGCAAUUACUUUCCUAAUUUUGUUAAAUUUCUUCUUAUUACUGGCCGUAUGAAUGAUCAAAGAUAUUUAGAAACAAUUAUUGGAAUAAGAAAUGCAUUAGGAUGGUCAAGUUUGAUAGCUUCACCCCAGGAUAUUGCAACCAGUCAAGUUCUUACUGCUCAAGCUAUAAGGACCUCAAUGAUUUCCUCCAAAGUAAUAGCAACUUCAUGGCUAAAAGUGGUGACUAAUUGCAAAGAAAGCAGUGAUCAUAAACCUAUUGAUUUAGUCAUAAUGAUAAUUCUAUAUUCAACAUCAGAAGAAAAGCAGAAACAAGUAGAAAAUUUCAUAUGCAAACAAAUAAAACUUAACAUACUUAAAGAAGAACUGAUUGAUGAGGCGUUUGAGAAAUUCAAACCAACAAUAAAAGAUAAUUUAAGACAUAUAAUAAGUCUCACAAAUUCACUUUUGAAAACAAAGUCUGAUCCUUUGAUACAGUCAUUUGCUGCACAUAUAUAUACAAAAAUGUUGUCUAAACUUGAAGAAAGCUGCCAGACAAUAGUUGCUGAAUUACUUCAACUAGGUUUAGAUUGCAAGCAAUGUAUCAUGAACAUUCUAAUAAUAUUGAACAAAGUUGCCAGCAAAGAUAUUUUAUUAUUGAAACCUCAGUGUAUACAAAUGUUAAUCUUAUUAGAUCGCACAGAUGAUAUGAAUUUAUUAGAAAUAAGGGCAACCAUGAACUUACUCUGUAAUUUAGCAUAUAGUAUUGAUAAUUCUGUAAUCCGUGAUGACAUUCACAUGAUUAUUAGAAAAGAAUUAGGAAGUUCAAAUCUCUCUAUAAAGAUGCAAGGUAUUAUCGCUGGAAUACAUGCUGUUAAAUUUCUUAUGUGUGCUCAGAGUGAGAAUGAUAGAACUAUAGAUUUUCCAGAUGAUAUCAGUUAUAGUUCUGUAAACCAUUUAGCUGAAGGUGAUUUAAGAGAAGCAGCACAAAUUAUUGAGUUGAUAAGCUGUAGUACCAGACAAUUCCCAGAUAUGAUAGUUUUCUUUUAUGAUGAGCUAUGUGAAGUUGUAAAACCUGUAAAUAAAAUGAACAAAAACUUUUUGGCAUGGCUGACAGAUGCUGUAACCAAUGAUUUGCAGCAAAAUUUUAUUGUAGAUAAUCUAGAAACAGACAAAAUUGGUGACUUAAAGCUAUCAAUGCAGUAUUGUCAAAAUUCUGACAGUGAAAUGGAUGAGGUAAUUGCUAUAAACAUUGGUGGAUUAACUUUGCAACAGAAAGAAGAUAUUAGCAUCUGUUUGCUCCCACCACUCUUUCAACUAGUACAAACACUACAUCUAAGACAACAUGAAAAUAAUUUAUCUAGCAUUGAUGCAUUGUUGGGUUGCUCCGUUAUAAUGCCUGUCUUUGACAUAGAUGAUAUGGAAGAAUUUAACAACUCAAAUAUUUGUUGCAUUUUAGACUGCUUAAUUUAUUGUGCAAAUUGGUUUCGUGAACUAAUAAAUGCCUUUGCCACCCAAACUGAUGAUGCACUUAAAACUAAAAUUUUUAACAGAAUUCUACAAACACAACAAAUAGAGGCUUUAAUUGGCAAAAUCAUGAUGAAAACAAACAUAAUAUAUAGACCACCAAUUUAUUCUGUCAGAAUGAGUCAAGAACAAACAAAUGAUAAAAUUAAAUCUCAAAGCACAAAACAAAAAGCUCAGAAGAAGUCUAAUCAAGAUGUCACUGCACUUCCUGAAACAAUAGGGUCACAACAGAGCCAGAAUAAUGCUAAUACAGUUUUAAAUAAAAUUGAUGGGAUUAAUAACAUAAGCAAGUCAUUGAGACCAUUCAAUUUAAAUAUAUUAAAUUUGCUAAAAAGUGACAUAAGAGAACAUGAAGAUACUGAUUCAGAGCUUAAUAUUGAGACAUUGGUUUAUCUUUUAAAAAACAUUUGUGAAAUUAUUGGAAUAAGUCUAAUUUCAAAGAUAAAAAGAAAUACAUUCCUUACGAAACCUGAUAGAAAUGAUGUUUAUGACAAGACUGCAGCUGAAAACAGUGCUAAGCUGAUAAGCUUUAUACUACCCAAUAUUGGAACUCAUAUGACAUUUUGCAUAAAUUUUUUAGAAACAAAUGCUUUUGAAAGUGAUCAUGAGGACGGAUUAAUAUAUAGUUCAAAAAUUAUCAACUGUGUAACUUGCUUGGAAUAUAUAUAUAAUUUUUACACAAUUUACUUUAAAUGGAUUGGGUUUAAAAGUGGUAACAUGCCACUACUAAAAACAUCACUACGAACAAUAGCAGUUAAAGAUAAGGAUAAUGCAGUAACAUUAAAAGAUCUAGUAAUUGCAGCAACAAAAUAUUUGCAAAGUCAUGAAAAAUACUGCCUCCAGUUUGCCACAGCAGUGUCUCUAAUUGAAUUAUUAAAGGCUUUAAAAGAGCAUUAUUCAAACAGUACUAUUUUAAAAAUUAUCAGAGACACUGCAAAAACCUUUUUAAUGAGACAAUGGAAGACAUCAGAUGGAGUAUUGGAAAAAGGACUUAUUUAUAAUCAAAGUAUUGAUACUUUGGCUAAUGUUUAUUUUAUUCACAAUGAAAUAAUAGAGCUGAAAAAAAUCACAUUGCUUUUAGUCAAUGAUAUACAAGCACUGAAAAGCCGAAAUGAUACCUUAAAUUCUUUCAAAAGUAUUAACAAAGCAAAUUUCACUGUACUUUAUAGGAAUUUAGGUACUGCUCUUCAUGAAGUUGCCAAAAAACAUCUGACUAAGGGCUUAACUAAUUCAGAACAUUUAGAGUUAUGGAAAGAUGUAGCCUUGAUACUUCGGUGUAUGUCUGAUAUUGCAAAGUCUUUAGACAACAGAAAUAAUUUGUCUGCCUUUUUUAAGAAGUCUCUACCAGUUAUUAAACUUUUCCUAUCCCAAGGAAUGCCAAUUAUAGAGUUACAAUUUAAAACUGAAACACAAGAAGUGCUAGAGAUUCUUAAAAUACUGCAACAAUCAACAAGAUUCCUACAAUCAUUAUGCUGUCACUCUAGAUUGAAAAAAGAUACAGUAUUAAUAAGUAAAGUUCCUUAUAUGAGACAAUUACUUGAGACAAUAAUCUAUAGGGUAAAAGCUGCUUUAACAGCUAAUAAUUGUUCAGAAGCAUUUUGGAUGGGAAAUCUCAAAAAUAAAAAUAUUCAUGGAGAAGUGAUAGCAACUCAGCAGAGUGUUGAGAGUGAAGAAUCUGUUGAGGAUUGUGAUGAUCAGUUGCCUGAGGAUGAUGACUAUGAGGAUAGUGAUGAAGACAUGUUGAAUCCAGACUCAAAAAGCCUAAGUGAUAUUGUGUAAUUGUAAUUGAUGUCAUAACAAAAUGACAUUUUGGUUUAUAGACCAGUGUUGACAAUUUUUUAAAACCAAAAAAACAAUAGUAGGAUGAAACCCAUUGGGAAUGGAAAAUAAUAUAACAAAAAUGAAAGAAAAAAUAAUUACGGGCGAUCUGAGGUUGGGAAGUGGAAAAUAGGGGGUGAUUAAGGGUAAAACGGGUUUAUCUAAUCUAUAUAAUAUGAAAAAAACUGGAUAGCAUAACAGUUAAUUAUUACCCUUUUUACAUUUAUAAAUAGAUUUGAUUAAUUGUUAUCCAUAUUAUUGCUGCUACGAAAUAACAUGUAUGAAUUCUCAAUGAAACGCAUUUUGAUGGGCUUAAAUUUUCCGAACAUUUACCAUUGUAAUUUAUAUUUUUUUUUACACUAUCGGAAUGUAGUGAUUUUGACGAACAGAAAACAGACCAAUUUUUUGACAAGAGCUGAUAUAUUUUGACGGGUGAAUUUUCGAAUGAAAAUAAGGGUUCUUUUUCGAUAUUUGAGUCAAAAUGAGGUGAAAAAAUAAAUAUUUCAAUUCUAAUAAAUUACAGUGUAUUUGGGACAUAAAAAGGUAAAUUUUCACCAAAUUUAGUGAAAAAAAAAAUUAGCUUUGAAAAUGAUAAAAAUAAAAAAUCCAAAACUUGGUUUUUUGAAUUUUUCACCUAAACGGUUAAAACAAUGUAGGUUAUGUCAAAAAAUUUUUAAUAUAAAAGUUGUCGAUCUUUUUAUUUUCUACAAUUUUGCCAUUUUACUUAUUUCCAUAGGACUUGCAGUUUUGCCGGAAAUCGAGAUUAACCGUUUUUUACCCUUAAUCACCCCCCCUUUUCCAUUUCCCGACCUCAGAUCGACUGUAAUUUAUUUUUCCUUUCAUUUUUGUUAUAUUCUAUUCCAUUCCCAACGGGUUUCAUCCUACUAUUUUUUUUUUCACUUUUUAUCAUUUUCAAAGGCUUCAGCACUGGUCUAUAUAGUUAUUGUUAUGAAAUGAAAUCGGCAUACAUUUAUUUGUUUAAUUGACUGAUCGCCAUACAGACAUAUAGUUGUAGAAGGAAUACUUAUAUAGCUACUAGUGCAGCAUUAAAAAAACCUAUAGUCACCUGAGAAUUCCUUAUUAUAUAUAUUAUUAUAGUCCUAAGGAAUACUUAACUUUAAGUAUCAUCAGACCUGUUCUUAAAUGGUUAUGGAAUGGUUUUGACAUGAAAUAGUGAGAUUAAUGUUUCUAUUUCUGGAAAAAUUAAUGCUAUAUUGUAUAACAAUACAUUAUAAUUUAAAGAAUUAAUCAGUUAUUAGUUACAAUAAAUACAUUUCAGUUUUAAAAA